GGGAUGACCCUUCGCCAGCCCUUGCCGCUCACCUGGCAGGGAGGCGAGAUGCCAAAUCCCGCGACUCCGGGAGCCGAGGCUUAGCCCUUUGUGCUGCCGUGAUGCCUGCGGCAGCCGCCUCUUGGCCGGGCACCGCUGGCUCGGCACAGCCCGGCCGGAGGGUUGGCUGCUCACGCAUCCGUCACGGUGCCUGAGAAGACACGCCGGUGACGCGCUGGGUCCCCUCCUCCUGCCCGCGGACACACGCCGCUCGGGGCGCAGCCGGCUCGUAGCCCUGAAACACCCCUGCGCGAUGGAGAGGACGAAGCUGUUGGGGACGUGGAGGAGUAGCAGCACUUAUUUUUCAUGCGCUUAAAAGAGCCGUCUGUGGUAGAGCCAGGCAGCAGGCGGGGAUCCGCAGGAGGUGAUGGACAGAGACAGAUGCUUUGGGACUCAGUGGAGGUGGGAACUCUCCUAACAGUCCGUUUUCUUCUUCUGAGAGCCCCAGGCUUGCUGCAAAAAGAUCUUCCUUCCCACUCCUCUGCAAAAACCUCUAAAGAAAGAGGGAGCGCCAUGUACACCUUCCUCCCUGAGAACUUCACACCGGUGAAGCAGAAGCCCUCCAAGGAGCUGCGGCCCAUGCUCGGGGCCAUCUUGCUGGGCCUCAUCCUGUUCAUUGCUGCGGUGGUGGCCUGGUGCUACUACACGGUGUCCCUGCGGAAGGCGGAGCGGCUCAAGACGGAGCUGAUGGACCUGCGGGCAGACGGCUUCGUCAUCAGGAACCAGCACGGGGAGGUGGUCUUCCGUCUGGCGUUCCGCUCGGGCCGCCUCGACCUGGAGUCGUGCUCCAAGGAGGGUGAGAUCCUGAGCUGCACGCGGUCGGGCCGGGGGCCGCUCAACUUCUUCAUCCAGACGGUGAAGCCCAAGGACACGGUGAUGUGCUACCGCGUGCGCUGGGAGGAGCUGGCGGCCGGCCCGGCGGUGGAGCACACCAUGUUCUGGGAAGAUGCCCACUGGUACGGGGGCUCGGAGAUGAGCACCCAGCACUGGCCCAUCCGCCUGGCUGGCUACCAGGAGCCCGUGCCCUACGUGACCAGCGACGUCUACUCCUUCCGCGACAGCUUCGGUGGCAUCCUUGAGCGCUACUGGCUCUCCUCCAAGGCGGCGGCCAUCAAGAUCAAUGACUCCGUGCCCUUCCACCUGGGCUUCAACGCCACCGAGCGCACCCUCUUCUUCCAGGCCCGCUACAAGGACUCGCCCUACAAGCCACCGCCAGGGCAGCAGCCCUUCCCCGAGCUCAGCUACCGGGUCUGCGUGGGCUCCGACAUCACCUCCAUCCACAAGUACAUGGUGCGCCGGUACUUCAACAAGCCCUCCAAGAUCCCUGCCGAGAACGCCUUCCGAUACCCUAUCUGGUCCACCUGGGCCCUUUACAAGAACGACAUUGACCAGGAUAAACUCUUGCGAUUUGCCGAAAAGAUUAAGAAGUACCGUUUUAACUGUAGCCAUAUUGAAAUUGAUGACAUGUACACACAAGCCUAUGGAGACUUUGACUUUGACCCCAUCAAGUUCCCCAAUGUGACGGAGAUGUUUGCAAAACUGAGGGAAGAUGGGUUUAAGGUCACCCUGUGGACUCACCCUUUCAUAAACUACAAUUCUUCCAAUUUUGGGGUAGGAAUCGAGCGUCAGCUUUUCAUCAAGGAGCCGUCGGGGCGGCUGCCAGCCAUGGUGGAGUGGUGGAACGGCAUCGGGGCCAUCCUGGACUUCACCAACCCAGCAGCCCGGGACUGGUUCCAGAGCCACCUGCGCCAGCUCCGACACAAGUACGGCAUCUCAUCCUUCAAGUUUGAUGCGGGUGAGACCAGCUACCUGCCCAAGCAGUUCAGCACCUUCCGCCCGCUCUCGGACCCCAGCAUCUGGUCACGACGCUACACGGAGAUGGCCAUCCCCUUCUACGAGCUGGCCGAGGUGCGGGUGGGCUAUCAGUCACAGAACAUCUCCUGCUUCUUCCGCAUCAUUGACCGUGACUCUGUCUGGGGCUACGAGCUCGGCCUCAAGUCCCUCAUCCCCACAGUGCUCACCAUCAGCAUGCUGGGCUACCCCUUCAUAUCCGCUGACAUGAUCGGUGGGAAUUUUUUUCCCAACAAGACAGACGGGGCAGUGGAGAUUCCCGACCGGGAGCUGUACGUGCGGUGGCUGGAGCUGUCGGCCUUCAUGCCCUCCAUGCAGUUCUCCAUCCCGCCCUGGCUCUACGACAGGGAGGUGGUGGAGAUUGCGCAGAAGUUCACGGAGCUCCAUGAGUCACUGGUGGCCCCACUGCUGCUGGAGCUGGCUGGGGAGGUCACCGACACGGGUGACCCCAUCAUCCGUCCCAUCUGGUGGAUCUCACCCCGUGACGAGGCCACUCACAGGAUCGACUCCCAGUUCCUCAUUGGGGACACCCUCAUGGUGGCACCCGUCCUGGAGAUGGGCAAGCAGGAGCGUGAUGUCUACCUGCCAGCGGGCAAGUGGCGCAGCUACAAGGGGGAGUUGUUUGAGAAGACCCCGGUGCUGCUCACGGACUACCCUGUUGACCUGGAUGAAGUUGCCUAUUUCCUCUGGGUUUCUUAACAGGCUUCUCCAUCACCUUUGGGAUAACCAUGCCUUAUCUAGUACUUUGUAAGAAAUAAUAAUUCUAAUUGCACAUUUUGUUUGGACUUGGGCUGAGGAAGGGAAUUAAAUAGACUUCACUGUCCUUGGGGUAAUUUUUUUUUUAUCUGAAAUGGGGAUUGAUUAUUUUUUUUUUGUUGUUCUUUUGGGGCAGGUGGGAGACUCUGGUUGGGUUACACUAGGCAGAAUUUUCUCUGUCUAAGUCAGGAAGGAGUUGUCAGUUUGUCUGCAGACGUAGUAAAUCCAAUACCUUUUUGGUUCCCAAGGAUUUCAAGAUGUGUAGGUUGGUUAGUGCCAGUGGGAGCGUUUAUGGUCUCAUGGGAGGACCCAGUGCUGGGCAUGGGGGAAUGCGAUGUGGGAGGCUUGCUACAGCACAGCCUCCUGUAUGUUUUAUAAUACGGCAAAUAUAUUUAAGAGAAAUUUUUUAAGAUCAGAAAACAAACUAGACUUACGUAUAUACACACAUAUGUUUUUUUCCCCCUAACAGUUGCCCCAUGAUCCUGCUUUCCAGGGUAGCAGGCAGGCCGGGUUACCUGAGUGAUGUCCAGGUAUUUUAACUGUAUGGGCUGCAUAUCGCUUGCUGGGGCAGCUACAUCCCACCUCUUCGCCCAUUUAACACCCACUGCAAGGCACUUGCCUGUGUCUUUUGCCUUGGGUGUCAACAUUGCCUUUCCUAGAGCAGUGCUGCCCAUAACAGCAUGCCCCAUUAGUCUUUUUAAAGCAUUUAUGGCCCUGCUUCAUUACAUGAUUAUCCUGCUGAUAAUAAUCCUCCUGGUUUUUAGGGACAGAUGAGCUUUCAGGUUUGUUGCUAGCAGAAGGACUGCCUGGAGCAAAGCUGUUCUCAAAAAGUACGUGUGGCGCUUCCCUGGGAACAGCCGGUUCCCGCGAGUGGCACGUGUCUUGGAUUGACGGUGAUGUUUGCUGCUAGCCGGCUUGCCGGUGGGUGGAAAACACUGGCUUUUGCACUGAUGGGUCUGUGCCAGCCGAUGUUCUCACUUCACCCGCAGAAAUGUUCUCAUCUACCGUGAAAUUAUGCUAAUACCCAUCUCCGUCUCAGGUGGCAGCUGGGGGUGAUGAUUUUGUUGAGGGUUUUUCUGAAGCAGCCCACCCUGGGAGAAUUAGGGGCCUUCCUCAGGCAGCAUCUGUGGUGCUGGAGGUGGAGUUGCUGUCAGAGGCUUCUGGAGGGGACACAGGCAGCUGGAAUGGAGCUGCAGGGAUGCUUCUUUCCCAGCUUUCCCAUUUGCUUUUGUACGGGAAGAUGCAUUUACAGAGAGCUGUGGGCAAUCUCUGCUCUGAGACACGGCAAACAGGAUUGAAGUCUGGCAGCCUUCCUCCCCAGGGGAGGACAUUCCCAUCUGUGCCCUGGUUGGCAGCGUGUUUCUGCCCCUGAAUUUUUAAUGAAUCUCUGCAGAAUUGAACUGCAUUGGCUGAGAAGGUUUGGGGCACCCUGCCCAGGCUACAGCCAGCCAAGGAAAGCUCAGCAUCUGCGGUGAUUCUUACGGGAUUUUGUCUGGGCUGAGCAUGGGUCCAGCACGAGUCUGCCACCCAGGCAGAUGGUGCUCUGUUUUGGGUAGAGUUGGGUACCAAUGGUCUUUCCCAAAGUCCAUCUCCUGCCACACAGGGUUUGCAGGAGGCAGAAAAGGAGAUACACUAAACCUGGGGGUUGAAUGGGGCUCAGGAGUAGAAAUUUAGAUGUUGGGGGCAAAAUCUGAAGUGCUUUUAUAGUUAGGAAGGAAGUGAGGAGGUCCAGUUUGAUGGACUCUUUGGAGCAUCCCUUGAGGUCUGAAUCUGCCCUGCAUAAUUUGUGUUUCAGCCUCAAAAUGAGAUGCAGGGGAGCUGUGUCCCAAAGCCUGUUUCUUGUGGCUUUUAACUAUGAAGGACUCAGGUUUGGUUCCUGCCACCAGCACAAAUAGUGGUUAUGUUACAAGUUACAGGCACCCUCUGGCAAGGAGUUAAUCCUGGAGCCUCAGCAUCAGUCAUCAGGGCACUGGCAGGAUUUGGCCCUUGGACUGGAGCGUGGAGGUGAAGGUGAGGAGCUCCUGGAGAUGAGUGUGACCACAGCCUGCAAAGAGGACAGGGUGCAGAGGGCUUCUCCAGCCCCAGAAGUGCACAAAGGCUGUGCUUGGAGGGGCUCCAGCUCUUCCCUUUCAACCUUUGCUUGCGAAACACUUGUCCUCCCAUGUCUUGGGAGUCAUUGGGUGGAGAUGUUGCUUCAUGGCUCAGCUGCCAGUGAAGAAGUGGGAUCCUUGGCACAGGACUUCAUGGGAAGGAUCCCAGCGUGACCAGAUGCGUGUCUUCUCCUCUGUCUCUGCUGUGCCACUCACCACACCCCUCACUAGUAAGGGGUGAGGCUAUUUGAAGAGAAACACACAAUUCCUGUUAGUGCACCUUUAUAUUAAAAUGUGGGAGCAGCCGAAUGAGUGCCUUAAAUCUUCUCACAGUGAUUUCAGGUGCUGUCAGGAAGGUCAUGGAGGAAGUUCUUCAUUAGACAUGCUGACUUCUUUCUUCUCCCCUCAAAAGAAAGGAUUUUAUUAUCAAAGUUUUAAUUAUCUUUUUAUUUAACUAUAUGAAUAAAUGGGUAAGAUUGUAAAGUACCCUUAUUUUUCUAAAUGCGGUAGUUAGAGCGUAAGUGGCUGUGGCUAUUCAGGGCUCCAGAUAGGAAAAAGGUAAAGCUGCUGGGAGGACAUAAGGGAUGAUGCUGAAGAGCAAGUCCAUAUGGGUGGCUCUCUGGGGGUCCGUGGCACCAAGCCUUCCCCAUAUGUUGACGACAGGCUCAGCAGUGCUGUGUGCUGCCUCAAGCUAUCUCACAGGCUUCUAGGUGUACUUUCCAUCCAACAUUUUACCAAAACCACUAUUUCUAACACUAUGCUGUAGCACUGCAAUACUUGAGGACCUCUAGGACCUUGCAGAUCACAAGCACUCUGUGCACAGACACCUUGGGAACUGCUACUAGGGAGAUUCCUCUGAUUUACACCAUGGGUCACUGGCCAAUGCAGGGUUUAGUUCAACUCAACCUAGGAAAAACCCCAAAACAGGUUUGGGUAUUGGAUUCAACCUUUUCCAUCCCAGCCCACAGCAGACUGCAGCUGAGCAGCAGCAGGUCAAUGUGAUGCCCAUGUGACUGAAUUUUGAAGCUUGCACUGUCAUGUAUCGGGUUUUAUGGAUGCUUCUGUUUGCACACACUGUCCUACAUCGAACUGUAAUGCUGGUGGGUUUGUUUUUAACCACUUUUCUAAUUCUUAAUUGUAAUGAAGACAGAACUGUAACAUGAAUCACCUUGAUUGAUAUAAAAUUUUGGAAAACAAAA